AAAUCUAAAUAACUUUAGAAAAGCACAAAAUUGUUAUUUAUUUCGGAAAAAUACUAUUAAGUGAACCAAAAAACUAUAAAGUAAUGUCUGAAAUAUGGAAUUUGAGUACAUUGUGCCGUUGUUGUCACGCCGAUGGACACUUUAAAAGCCUAAAGUUAACGUAUCAAGGUAAAAAAUGUGUCGAAAUUUACGAAAAUAUGCUAAAAGACACCUUGGGGAUUAUUAUAUCUAGACCGCAGUUAGAAGCUAGUUACACAAUAUGUGAGGAAUGUAUUGACAAACUUAGAGAUGCGACGGACUUCAAAACGCAAGUGCAGAGUUGUGAGCAAAAGUUUAAGGAGUAUUGUGAAAAUGAACAAUUCUUUACACACCCAGAGGUUAAGGUAGAGGACGAUUUGGAAAAUAGUUGUUGCCACAGCAACGGUGAUAGUGAAAAUAAUUAUGAUGAUGACGAUGACAAUAACUCUGUCAUUGAUCAUUCGACAACAAACAUUAAAGAAGAACUUAUGAUUGAAAUUGACAAAACUGAAAACUUUGAGGACUUGAAAGAAGAAAAACCUGAAAAUGAAAUUCUCAUCCCUGUGAUAAAUCCUUUAGAAGAUAAUGAAAAUUUGGACGUAGAUGACAAGAAAAUUAAUAAUAAUAAAACAUUAAUUAAAGAUAAAGAAGUUACAAAUAAAGGAAAGGCCACUGUAAAUCAGAUAAUCGAUGAACACAUAAUAAAAGAAAAAAUAGGCAAAAAAUCUAACUACUCUUGCAAAGAGUGCGGUGUAUCAUUUACUAAUAUAAAAAUUAUGAAUAAACACCUUUCUGGGCACCGUAACAUGGUGUACAAGUGCGAAAAUUGUCCUGAAGUUGUAAAAUCCCACCAUAAUCUACUAAAACAUUUAGAAAUACAUAAAAAUAGCGACAAAGAUUUACAAUGCAGCCUAUGCCCAAGGACAUUUUCAAAAAAGGACAUUUUUGACGCUCACACACAAGUGCACAUGUCCCUAAAAACGCAACCAACCUGUGAUAUAUGUAAAAAGAUAUUUACAACAAAAGGCACUUUGAUCAGGCACUUGAGAGUUCACAGUGGGACCAAUAAAAGUAUUCUAUGCGAAAUCUGCGGCUGGGGAUUCAACGAUAAAACAAAUUUAAACAAUCAUAUUAACACGGUACAUAGAAAACUAAAGCCUUUUGAGUGUCACAUAUGCAACAAGAAGUUUCCAACUAGACGCAGUCAUAGGGAACAUACGAAUAGACAUUUACGUAAUAAAGAACUAUACUCCUGUAGUUCUUGUGACUGGAAAACGCACAGCGAAAAGAAAGCUCAAACGCACACUCUAAAACACGAAAACAAAUACAUGUGUAGGAUCUGUCCGGAGAUUUUUGACGAUCCCAAAUCUAGGAAGAGUCAUGUGUACACGAAACAUUGUUCUAAAUAUAAGUGCACAGUUUGUGGCGCUUGUCUAGCCAACCAGUAUACUUUAGAAAGACACCUAGAGUGUCAUAAAGGCGUUAAACGAUUCAGCUGUAGCGUUUGCGGCGAAAAAUUCUUACAGAAAGCAACUCUUAUAAGGCACAGUUUGAGAAAACAUAAACCCGACGUCUUAGUCGAUGUAGGGAAAACGAAAUGUAAGAUCUGUAAACGCAGUUACAUGAACAUCGGAGAACAUUUAAAGAGACACCAAAUUAGAAACUUUGCGUGCGAUAUUUGUGGGCAAGCUUACGCUACGAAAAGUACUCUGAAUCGACAUAAGCAGCAGAAGCACUUUGGCAGAUGUUUCUAUUGUGGAAUUUGUAAUAAAAAAUAUAUGCAGAAGUCGAAAAUGUUUACGCACAUGUUUAAGGUACAUAAAGUUGAAAAGAAAGGGAAAGAGAUAGACCAAGUUGAAAAUGACAUAGUAAAGGUAUGAUCUUUUUUGAUUUGUUUGAUUACCUGAUGGUAAGCAAUCAGCGUCGCCCAUGGACACCCGCAACGACAGAGGAGUUACGAGUGCGUUUUUGACCUUUUGGGGAUUUUGGGGAACGGAUUGGGGUAGGCGAAAAAUUGGGCCUCCGGUAACCUCACUCACACGGCGAAACACAACUCUUUUUCACGCCGGUUUUAUGUGAGGCCGUGGUGUCACUCUGGUCGAGCCGACCCAUUCGUGCCGAAGCUUGGCUCUCCCACACUUUUCUCUCUUUUUUGGCUCCGCCGGCUAUUUGUUAAGAACCA